UGUGUGCAGUGCCUAGUGUAAACGUCCUCUCGGUCAGGGUGGAAGUCAAACUGCUGGGUUUGAUCCGUUUAUGAAGCUUAUGCUGCUGAUUUAAAACCCAGGAGUCGCUGGUGUGAGUAGCUAGCUGGGGCACUCUGGGGAAGGUGCAUGAGGGAGUUUAUUGGAGAGGAAGUUGCUACUUCAGAGAAUCGGGUCAGUUUCGCCCGGGACAACAAAAAUGCCGGCGAUCAAUAUAGAGGAUCUGAGCGAAAAGGAUAAACUGAAAAUGGAAGUUGAGCAGCUCCGGAAAGAAGUGAAGUUGGAAAGACAACCGGUGUCCAAAUGUUCUGAAGAUAUAAAGAACUACAUUGAAGAAAGAUCUGGAGAGGAUCCUUUGGUCAAGGGUAUUCCUGAAGACAGGAAUCCCUUUAAAGAGAAAGGAGGCUGUGUCAUUGCAUGAAAGAAAAGUCUGCAAUUGGAACAUACAUUAUUGUACCUUUAGUGGAUAACUAGUUUGUCCUCACUUCCAUGGGUCCUUGUUGAACGAGUACUGUCAAUGGAUUAAAAACAACAACCUUGAAUGAGAAUCUUGUUUAUCUCUUUAUCGUUUUAUAUGAUCUAAUUAUAUCUCACUACUUGAUAAUAC